AUGGCUUUUCUGACAUACUUGAAGAAAAAUAAGUCUCCAGGGCCUUUAGGCAGAAGUGUAUUUCAAAAACACACCCCACCCAUCCAGCAGAACUACCAGGCUUUGCUGGAGACAUGCGUGAAGAGCAAAUGCUUGUUCACAGAUUACAGCUUUCCUGCUCACAUCAGCUCUAUUGGAACUGGAACACUGCUAAAAAAACUACCACAAAAUUUACAGUGGAAGAGGCCACCUGCUAUGCACAGAAGUCCUGCAAACAGAAAUCAACUUGAUUUCUGCCAAGGCUUGGUGGAGGACUGCUGAUUCCUGGCAGCCCUUGAAGCCCUGAUGUUCCAUCAGGACAUCUUGGCUGCAGUUGUGCCACAAAACCAGAGCUCUGAGAGGAAAUAUGCUGGCAUUUUCCACUUCCGGUUCUGGCACUUCAGUGAAUGGGUUGAGGUGGUGGUUGGUGAUCAUCUACUGGUGAAUGACGCUGGGGUCUUUGUUUCUUCAGUCUGUAAGAAUGUGUUUUGGGGAGCCCUUCUGGAGGAGGCGUAUGCUAAACUCUGUGGCUCCUAUGAAGAUCUUCAGAUUGGGCAAGUUUCAGAAGUCUUGGUGGAUUUUACAGGUUGUGUUAUUAUAAGGAUCAAGCUUGCAGCAGCUCCUCCUGAUCUAUGGGAUAUCCUGACAAGAGCAACCUACAUCAGAUCUUUCAUGGGCUGUCAGACACAUUUAGGGAAAACAAAGGUCCUGAAGAAUGGGUUUGUUGCUGGCCAUGCCUACACAGUAACUGGUAUUAGAAAGGUGACCUGUAAAUAUGGACCAGAAAACUUAGUGAGACUGAGAGAUCCAUGGGGAAAAAUUGAAUAGAAAGGAGACUGGAGUGACAGCUCUUACAAGUGGGAGCUGCUGAGCCCAAAGGAGAUUAUGCUGAACAAAAAGAAGGAGGAUGAAGAAUUCUUAUCUUUUCCCACUAUGUCUCUGUGAGAUUUCAAGAUUCAUUUUGUAGAUCUGAUGAUCUGUAAAUUAACUCCAGAUCUGAUGAGCCAGGAACAUGGGAAGAGAUGGACGUACUCCUUGAGAAGAGGGAGAUGGGUUAAAGGAAGCACAACAGGAGGAAGUCUCUUGUUUUGCUUAGGAACAUUUUGGAUGAACACUCAAUAUUGGCUGAAUGUUUUAGCAGCCUCAGAGAGCAAGAAAAGCCAAGGUCCCUGCAAUGUGGUUAUAUCCCUGAUGCAGAAACAUAGCAGCAAACACCAGAACUGAGCUUCUUACCUCUUCAUUGGAUUUUCACUUUGUGGACCUACAAAACUGGUGCAGAACACAUUACUCUUCUGUUUCUUCCCUCAACAGUACCAGGAAAGCAACAGAAAGCUGCCUCCAGUUUUCUUCACCUGGGAUCAGCCUGUGAACAAGCACCAGGUCUUCCUUGAUGAGCGGGAAGUGACUCUUGACUUCCACCUGGAGCCCCCUGGUGUCUAUGUCAUUGUCCCAUCCACCCUGGAGCCUCAGCAGAAGUCUGAAUUCCUCCUGAGGAUCUUCUCCAGGAAGCAUAAAAAUAAAUUCUUCUCUGCCAUAUCACAGAAUCCUGAAAUAAAUGCUGUUCAGCUCCAGAGGAUCCUGAAUAAUACAUCUUGGAAAAGGUCUUCACUGAAUUUUCACCUAAGUUUCAUUCUGGAUGCCUGCCAGGGUAUCUUGGCACUUCUGGAUCUGAAUACCUCUGGAACACUGAGUAUCCAGGAAUUCAGAGUCCUCUGGAAAAGGCUGCUUUUCUAUUUGUUUUCCAGAAAAAAAGACACUAGCAAAUCAGAAAAGCUUGACCUUGUGGAACUACAUGCAGCUGUACAGGAGACAGGCAUUUCACUCAGGAAUGAAGUUUGUAAUUUGGUGGCAAUCAGAUAUGGUAACCCUGACUUGAAGAUCUGCUUUGAGAGCUUUGUGUACUUCAUGCUUUGGGUGGAGAUCAUGGAGAUGAGGCUGGUGCAGCGAGGCUGGCCAAGCAAACUGGGCUGCCCAGCUAAGGCCUGGUACUUCUGAUGCUUUUCCAGAUGAAAAU